AUCCAGUUGUUCUAUGUGUUCUCACUCACUGUAGGCUGUAUGUUGUACACCAUCCACAACACAUUUGAUGACAUACAGAAUAAACUAGUUGCAGACUUGGGCUGUGGAUGUGGGGUUCUGUCUGUAGGAGCUGCAGUGCUUGAUGCUGGACUGUGUGUCGGAUUUGACAUUGAUGAAUACGCCUUGGACAUAUUCAAAGGAAAUGUUGAGGAUUUUGAACUGUCAAACAUUGACACGGUCCAGUGCGAUGUUUGCUCUAUUGGAUCCUCUUACGCCAAGAAGUUUGACACGGUCAUCAUGAACCCGCCAUUUGGCACGAAGCACAACCAGGGUAUUGACAUGCAGUUCCUGCGGACAGCGAUUUCCAUGGCAAGUACAGCAGUGUAUUCCCUUCACAAGACCUCAACACGAGAUCACAUUCAGAAGAAAGCUAAUGAUUGGAAAGUGAAAAUGGAAGUCAUUGCAGAGCUCAGAUAUGACCUGCCAGCAUCUUAUAAGUUCCACAAAAAGAAGUCGGUUGAUAUUCAAGUGGACUUCAUUCGAUUUACUCCAACAUAAACGGCAAAAAGGAAUUUGUGUUGCUUUGCAAAAAAAAGUUUUUAUAUAUAUAUAUAUA